AUGGGGACAACUUCUAAUGAAGAGAAGAAGAUGCAUAUUUUGCCCGAAAAUAACCCUAAAAAUUCAUCAUAUAAAUUAAUUAAUCGCAUUUUAUCAAUGAGAAAAAAUUUACCAUUGUUAAGAGGAUUCUUCCACUUUAUUAUAUUCCUGGAAAACCCCUUCCAAGCCUUUAUUGCAGUGAAUAUGUGUAAAACCCUAGAAUCUAAACUCACUUGUAUGGCAAUAUUUUUGUCAAUACAAAUACACGUCACUUCAUCCUCCCUUUUACACAUAGUAAACUGGCCUCUUCCGUACAAACACUAUAUUCGCCUCUUCGACCACUCAGGAAUUUUUAUGUAUUCUGCCAUUGGUCAUUCUAGCGUAUGGCACUACAUUCUAAAAUAUAAUAUCUACUCACUAAUCCUCAUGCUGCAGUUAUCAUUCAUGAUUUUAGGGGUAUUGUACACUAGUUUCAUCGGCAUACACAAAUUAGGACGUGGUUUACGCUGCUUAUUAUAUCUAUGCCUUGGAUUCCCCAUUGUUCCCGCAUUAUACCAUUUUUAUAUCAAUAAAUUAUACGAAUUGGUAGCAACCAUAUCAUUAAGCCUAUUUAUUGCGGUGGUGGCUAGCAUGGUUUACUCCAACAAAUUGCCCGUGUUAUUCCCCAAUGUUAUUGAGUAUCAUGAGAUCUUUCACUUAUUGGGCUACCUAGCUUACAAACAGGGUUUGAAGAUUAAUCGCAUACUUUUAUCGUUUUGA